AUGGCGUCGAGCGGUGCAAUGGUGUUGGCCAUGAUGGGCCUCCUGGCCGCACUGGUGUGCCCUGCUGCUGCUGCGGCGGCGGGGUUCAUCUCCAUGCCCACCGACAACGUCGGCGACCACUCUUACGGCGUCCACGCCACAUUCUGCCCCAACCUGGAGAAAAUUGUGCUCGACAAGGUGGCGGAGGCGCGCAGAUGGGACAUCGGCGUGGUCGCCGGCCUCCUCCGCAUCUUCUUCCAUGACUGCUUCCCUAACGGCUGUGACGCGUCGCUCCUGCUGGAGCCAAGUCACCUCUACUCCAGCGAGCGUGCGCGGGAGCGUCCCCAAAACCAAGGGCUGCACCAGGGCGCGCUCGAUCUCAUCCAGCGUAUCCGCGACGCCGUGCGCGACGCGAAAUGCACGGAAGUAUCCUGCGCCGACAUCACCAUGCUGGCCACCCGGCAAGCCAUCAAGCUGUCCGGGGGGCCAGAUUACGGCGUGCAGCUCGGCCGGAAGGACAGCAUCGACCCCGCCAGGAUUGACCAGGUCAACCAGUUCCUCCCCGCCCCCGACGCCAAAAUCUGGAAACUCAUCGAGGUCUUCCAGAGCCGCGGCUUCGACAGGACCGACCUCGCCGCGCUCUCCGGCGCGCACACCAUCGGCAAGACAAGCUGCCCCAACCUCGCCAGCCGCACUGGGGACGCCGCCUGGUUCGUCGAAGCUAUCAAAAUGAACUGCCCCGGCUCAUGGGACAAGAAGCAGGUGCUCGACGUCGACACCCCCGACGAUUUCGACCACAAGUACUACAAGAACAUCGUGGACGGCAAGGGGGUGCUCAGCACCGACAUGGAGCUCCUCAACGACCCCUUCAUCAAAGAUUUGGUCCACAAGUGGGCUACCGACAAGAACUUUUUCUUUUGGAAGUUCGGCGAAGCCAUGGCAAAGAUGGCGCGUUUGCCCGUGGGCGGACCAAGUGAGUACCGCGAAAACUGCUUCAAGCGCAACUCUAUGAGGGAGACAGUCAACCUCACCGCCGAGGGUUUCGCGGCCUCGGCUUGA